UAUUCCUAACAUUCGCCAUUCCCGUGUUGUUUCUUUUAUGCUAGAACAUUUUUUUAAUAGAUUUAAUUUUCUCUAAAUUGUUUCUAAGUUGUUCCAUCCUAACGAAAAUACAUUAUGUCGGAGCAGGACGUAGAAGAAUCUUGUAACUGGAAGGAGCAAAUUCUUGUCCUUGGAUAUACCAGAAUUCUCCAAAGCGUUAUAACUCGUGGAAAGUCAAGCUGGAAUAUAUUAACUGGACAAAACUUUUUCUCAUUUCUCCUUUCCCUUGAAAAAGAACAAUGGGAUGACGAAGAACUCAUUUUACUUAAAGGGAGGAAUCACUUCAAAUGGGGGGCUUCUCUUUGUUUCAAAAUACUGUUAUCACCCUCACAAAUUUGGAGCCCGUAUCCUUCCCCGUUUUGCUUUCACCAGCAUGAACGAAACAUAAUCCAAACCCUUCAAAACUUUCACGAAAAAAUAAAACAAUUAGAAAGUCCAGUCGUAACAAGGGAGCAAUUUGAAGUAGAUUUAAAAACCGUCUCCCAAAUUUUGGAAACAUUAAACAUAUCGCAAGAUAGGAUAAAUUACAUCACUGCAGCGCUUAAUUUUUCACCGUAUUGGGAAAAUCUAAACUCUGUAAAAAUUUUGGACAAUAUUGACGACGAAAUUGAAAAUUUGGACGAACAAUUGAAAAAGUUACACCUGCUUUCGCCCGAUCAAAUGUGUACACUUGUACCCAGGAGUUUGGCCAGAUCACGAAGUGGGAAAAGCCUGUUGGAGGCAACGAGACAAAAGACAAUCUCAUCAGUAUCAAAAUUUAGAGAAUCUGGAAUAAAUGAAAAACCUGAAGAGAUACUUUUGCACAUUAUAGCUUAUGCACCGCCGAGAACUGUGGGGGUGUGGGUGAGGGAGGUAAUGUCGCCGCAAUCCAGGCAAUUCUUAGCAUCCCUGUCAGCGCAGAAUGGAAGGUUCGACACUUCGAAUUGGUGCAUUCGACAUGCCGCUCCUUGUAAAGGUGGUCACUUUCUUCUCAUCGGUAUGGAUGAAGAAAGUCAUAGUCGAAUUCAAUAUCCGGCCAAAAUAUACUACUAUACCGAUCUACUGUCGUUUACCUUCGAACCUCCCCCUUAUCAGAGGGGGCACCCCGAUGGAGAGGCAAAGUAGGACAACUUGGGUGGCAUUAGAAGAUUUUAGUUUGUAUAUAAAUAGCUUUAAAAUGUUUAAAUAAGUAUUUUUUGUUUAUUUCUCGAUUUUGGUGGCUAUUUACAUAUCUUAUACAGACUCAUUUAUACUUACAAAUAUAUAUGAAUCAUUUGUUGAGGUUUAUGAAUCGAAGUGAUAUUCAUUAUCUACAUUUUUAAGCGUAUUUUAAUAUCUUCAAGGAAGUAAUAAAUAAUUCUGAGCAAA